UAUUUUGUUCUUUUCAGGCAGCUAAGAAGAGAUUACCCCUCCAAGAUACUGAUGAACCUGUCCUUUUCCCUGCUGAUGCUGAAUCUGCUUUUCUUGGUCAAUGAUUGGUUAUCAACACUUGAUAUUCGUGGUCUGUGUAUCUCUUUUGCUGUCCUCCUGCACUAUUUUCUUCUGACGUCCUUUACAUGGAUGGGACUGGAAGCUGUACAUAUGUAUUUUGCAUUUGUCAAGGUUUUCAAUUCCUACAUCCGUAAAUAUAUAUUAAAAUUAUGCAUCGCUGGCUGGGGAAUACCAAUAGUGAUAGUUGUGGCCGUACUCUGUAUAAAUGUUGAUUUCUACGGCCCUGUAUACAAAAACACCGAUCCAGAUGACUACACUUCGUUCUGCUGGAUCCAGAACAAUGUCGUUUUCUAUGUGACGGUGGUGGCUUAUUUUUGUAUCAUAUUCCUGACCAAUAUAGCCAUGUUUAUUGUGGUACUUCUUCAAAUCAAGUCACUGAAGGCUACAAAAUUAAAGGAUUGGAAGGCCCUCUUCCUCCAUGACAUUAAAAAUACUCUGAGUCUCGCCGUCUUGCUCGGAUUAACCUGGGGCCUUGCCUUCUUUGCCUGGGAUCCUGUUCGAGUUGCCUUUCUGUACCUUUUCGCUAUUUUGAAUACCUUACAGGGUAAGUACAUGUUUUCUACAGUACAAUGA